CAAUCUUUGGAGAAACAUAUGCCGGCCCGGACGGACAUCAUCGCGAGCACCAAACAGCAACCCCGUCAUCAUCACAUUCAGCCCGACCGCCAACCACAGGUCCGCAAUGGCGCAUGUCACGCUCAACCACGAGGCCUCGGCCGGCGACACAAACAAGCAAGUCGUCACCACUCUGCCGCCAGAGGUCGUCCAGUGCCUCGAAAAUGCCCGCUUCCUCCAUCUGGCGACGUGCGUCAACAACCAACCGCAUGUCUCGCUCAUGAACUACACCUAUAUUCCAUCGUCGCAGUACUCCUCACGGCCAGUCAUCGUGAUGACGUCAAACCCCUCGUCCAAGAAGACCAACAACAUGAUUGAAAACCCCAAUGUCUCGUUACUUGUCCAUGACUGCCGUCGCCCGUCCGGCGGAUCUCCCGGUCCCGAAUUCCGUUCCAGCCUCGCCUCGCUCCUCAUCAACCUUAACACGAGCGCCGUCUCGAGCAUCAGCGCCACCAUGAACGGCACCGCGCAGCUCCUUGACCAUGGGUCCGACGAAGAGAAGUACUAUCGCGAGGAGCACCUUGAGAACAACACUUUCGACUCCGAGGGCACCGCUGGUUUCAACUCGCUGGCCAGCGGCGGCGACGACGGCGGGCGCGAACACUUUGUUGCUGGCGAAGAGGUUCGGGUGAUUGUUGUACACAUCAAGGACAUCCGGACGAGCGACUGGAAGGGAGGUGUCAGGGAUUGGGUGAUCGAGACGGAGGAGACCGUGCCGAGGGUCAAUGGUAUAUGAUGGUGGGAAGCCGAACUGGACAUGACGGUUGCAAUCACCGGUGCAAGAAUGUGGCCAGUCUAUCCCUGAGGGCUGGCAUAUGCCCACCUCGUCUACACGGGUGAUGAGAGGAACAGCAGGUGUCAUGCACGCGAACAAUCAGCUUUCUUCCAAACCCGUAAAAUCCAGCACGAAUUGCAGAUCCAAGUAGGAAAGACCGGCGGAUUCUGCUGGAAAUGAUCACUAGGGCCAACGGUUUCAAGUCUUCCUAGCAUCUGCUGAGAUGGAUUCACUCAAAGCUACGGUAGAACCAAUCACCCACCGAUUCCCGUUGC